AUGGCCUCUGCUGUGCCUGACAAAGAAGAAGCUGCUAAGACCUCCCUGGAGGUGAAGGAAGAGGAGCAGCAGGAUGCAGUAAACCCGGUGGCUAACCUGACCUUGGUCACCUCUGCCUGUGACAUGGUUUCUACAGCAUAUGCCUCCACUAAGGAGAGCCACCCCUACAUCAGGUCUGUAUGUGAUGCAGCAGAGAAAGGAGUGAAGAGUGUGACUGAAGCCACAGCCAGCUGCGUGCAGCCAGUUCUGACUACACUGGAGCCCCAUGUUGCUGCAGCAAGCGAGUAUGCCUCCAAGGGUCUGGAUAAACUAGGUGAAAAGAUCCCACUCUUCCAAAAGCCAGUGGAACAGGUUAUCUCUGACACAAAAGAGCUGGUGUCAUCCAGAGUGGCUGAUACGAAGGAUGCUGUGAGCAGCAAAGUGACAGAGGUGAUGGAUAUCACAAAGGAGACUCUCCAGAGCGGUGUGGAGGCUGCCAGAUCCACAGUGGCCAGCAGCGUGGGGAUGGUUAUGGACUCCAGAGUGGGCCAGGCAGCUGUGAGCGGAGCAGAAGCUGAGAUACUAUCUAUUUCCUCAGCCAAACUGGCAGCAUCUGAGGAGGGUGCAGACAUAAUGUCUGUGGAACAGCAGCAGGAGAAGAGGAGAUACUUUGUGCGGUUGGGGUCUCUCUCUGACGAGCUUCGCCGUUUUGCCUACCUGCAGUCAACUGACAAAAUGAAGCAGGUCUGGCAGGGCAUGCAGGAGGCCCUUGCACAGCUUCACCACAUCAUUGAACUGAUUGAAGUGUUUAAGCAAGGCUUUAAUCAAAAGCUUCAGGAAGGCCAGGAGAAACUACACCAGAUGUGGCUGGACUGGAGUAGGAAGUCUUCCAAAGAGAGUGGAGAUGAAAGCUCUGCAGAGCCAGAGGAGAUGGAGUUCCUGGCCCUGCUCAUGGCACGCAAUAUCACACAGCAGCUGCAAACCACCUGCUGUAAAAUAGUUUCUGCAAUUCAAGGCCUUCCCUCAAGCUUUCAGGAUAAGGUGAAACAAUCUCUUGGUACCAUAGAGGAGCUUCAUCGUUCUUUCUCAGCAGCAAACUCCUUUCAGGACUUGUCCAGCAGUGUCUUGACCCAGAGCCAGAGGAAGCUAGUUGUCAUCCAGGAGUACAUGGAGGAGCUGCUGGACUACCUGAAAAACAACACUCCUCUCUCCUGGCUGGUGGGACCCUUCUUCCCCAAGGGGGAGGAGGAGGUGGAAACCUCACAGGUAGAGGAACCCUUGCAGGAGAAGGAGGCAGAUACAACACAAGCAGGGGAUCAUGAAGCUUCUGCCACCCUCCUGUAA